UUAACUAUUAGUAUUGAUGAAGCUGGUAAAGGUUCAUUAUUAGGUCCUUUGGUUGUGUCGUGUGUUGUAAUGGAUUCAAAAACUGAACAACUAUUUAAAGAACAAGGUGUUAAAGAUAGUAAGCAACUAUCUCCUUUAAAGAGGGAAUCACUUUAUAAUUUAAUUUCAGAGAAGUCAAUAUAUCACCAAACCAUUAUACUUUCAAAUCACGAUAUAGAUAAACGUCGUUCUCUUCACACUCUUAACGAAAUUGAAACUAAUAUCUUCUACCAACUCAUCAAAGACUCAAUUUUAAAUUUAGCAAAGAAUCAACCAGUCAAAGUAAUUUUAGAUAGUAUAGAAAGCAACAGUGAAAAGUAUUCAUUACCAUUCAAAAGUUAUUUUGGUUCACCAACUUGUGAAAUUAUAUGUGAAACUAAAGCAGAUAUCAAAUAUACAUCAGUAGGUGCAGCUUCAAUUCUAGCAAAGGUUAAAAGAGAUCAAUUUAUAAAAUCUUUAGAAAUCGAGCUAGAUCAAACAAUCGGAUCUGGUUAUCCCUCUGAUAGUAUAACAACCGAAUUUGUAAAUAGUUAUUUAAAAAAGAAUUUUGAAUAUCCAGAUUCAAUGAGGAGGAGUUGG